GCAACGCAAGGGAGGGAUUUUAAUUUUUGCGCUGGCGCAGUGAAACUUUAUUAAAAUUCGACGAUUACUCCUAUCGCAGGAUACAGUUUCCUGUGUGGGAUAAAAAUCAUGCAUCAUUUGCCAUCAAAAUGCGCGGAGUGUGGUCGUGCCGUUUAUUACUGGUAGGAUAUGUAGGGAUUUUUAUAAUGGUUCUAAAGCCCGCGAUCGCAGUUGUUGGUGGAGAUCCGGCAGCCGCUCCAGAACCCGAUGCUGCUGUCGUCUUCACUCAGUUGCAUGGUAGAAGUGGCCGUAUUGAGGGCAUAAGGGACAAUCAAUUGGGAUAUUACUCAUUCUUCGGUAUCAGAUAUGCCGAACCACCUGUGGGGGUACGCAGAUUUCAGCGUCCUGUACGUCGCAUUCUUGCUGGUGAACUGAAUGCAACAAAAGCUUGCCAGAGAUGUCCACAACCAGAUCCAAAUUCUCCACAUGGAUCAGUGGGCCAUGAAGACUGCCUGUGUCUUAACGUAUUUGCUCCUAAAAUGCCUGGUGAAGAAAGAGGCAGUCCAGUUAUAGUUUUUAUUCAUGGUGGAAAUUAUCGCACAGGAUCUGCCGUUCCAUAUGGUGGAAAACACCUAAAUCAAAAAGACACAAUUUUAGUCGUACCCCAGUACCGUCUAGGCUCACUUGGAUUUAUAAGUAACGAGCAAAAGGAAGCUUCUGGGAAUGCUGGUCUUUUUGACCUACAUGUAGCUGUGUCCUGGGUGAAAGAUUACAUUCAAUUCUUUGGCGGCGAUCCAACAAGAAUCACUUUGAUGGGUCAAGGAUCUGGAGGCAGCGCAGCAUCUUUGAUGGCUCUGACUUCGCAAGGCCGCACUAGUGACGGUGUAGUAGCGCUAUCUGGUACUGCCCUGUCACCGGGAGCGAUACGCAAAGAUCCGUCCAAAUAUACCAAGGAGCUUGCUAAACGUACUGAUUGCCCAGAGACUCCUAUUGAGCGACUGGUAAUUUGUUUGAAGCAGCGGCCAGCUGAAGAAAUCAUAAAGGCAGACAGUGAAAUGGGGCCAGAUUUGGUAGACACAGAAAUGUUUUUGAACGAAAUUUCAGGAAAGACAGGACCAGGGGUGCGGAUUGAAGGUGCAGAUGAUCAUCGCGGCCUUCCACCACUGAUAGAGGAGCCACCAACCACGAGCCUGAAGAAAAAGAGACAGUCUUCACCUUUACUCACGGGCGUCACCACAGCAGAGACCAAUCGGGCCGUGUUCGGAAAGUAUUCACGAACCCUCACCAAUCAAUUGGAGAAGAUUAAGGACUUUAUAAAGAAAGAUAUUAUCGGUGGUCUGAAAAAUGUGGUAAAUGGUGUGGAAGGACUUCUCCCAAUCCAGGAAGAGCUCAAAAAACUACCUAUACUGGGAAACUUCGAAGAGUAUUACAACCGAUUGGCUCAGAAUGGCGCAGAUGUUGUCAAAGGACUAUCUGCUAUUGCAGAAGUUACUGGUGACGCACUGUUUAAUUUCCCGGCGUUUAGGAGUGUAAAAGAUUGGGGUAAAGCUGCACCUGCCUACCUCUACAGUUUCGAGUUCAAUGGGAAUCUUACAAAGGGCUCUUAUUUCUUACCUGGGGUGGCCCUAGCAGAGGAUUCAAAGGAAAAUGAUGUAAGGCAAGCAAAGAAUCAAGGUCCAGCUCAUGGGGACGAUUUGGCUUAUAUAUUUGAUCCUCUAGAUGAAAAUGGCCGUUCAAUGGAAGGAGAAGUUUCUCAAACCGACUCUCGCGUGCGCAACAAUUUUGUUGGAGUAAUCUCUCAAUUUGCUCACAAUUUAGAUUUCGCUAGUAAAAACGUGAGCCAAUCGAAAGGGCUUUUUUCAUUUCCAACAAACGGAAAUACUUUCUUUAGAAUAAGUGAUAACAUCAGAUCUGAAAAUUUGGACGAGAAUUUUAGAUUCUGUCAGAUGGGUUUGUGGGGCAAUAUGGCCGACCGACUAUUGGGAUCUGUAUGCCAAAACGAAAUCAAGAAAUUACUGGAACUGGUACCAAUCCCAACAGAACUUCUUCCUAUACAGCCGAUAAAUAAUGCGAUACCAAGUCUAUCUUUAGGUAAUAUGCUGCCGAAACAAAAAGAUAAUCAAGUGAAGCUACCAAGUGUAACGAAUUGGUUCAAUCGUUAGGUAAAUGCGUGAUAUUUCAUUUUACAUGGAAAACACACUGUAUCAAUGUUGAGUUUAGUUUCACAGAAUUUAUUAAAGAAAAAUAUAAAAUAAUGCUUUUCUAAAAUAAAAUUUAAUAUUUUCGCAUGUU